AUGGGGGUUCGCCAUCGUGCGGAUACGCUCGCGGCGCUACUCCUGAGAGGCGUCGUUUGGAGGAGCGGAGUACGUACCAACGACAGCGGCGCCCCCCCCUCCCCAAAGCUGCCAGCCCCAGAUGCCCCGGACAUUGCCCCAAGGCAGACGGCAUACUGUACGGGGCACCCUGGCCGCGGCCCUGCAGGCCUUGUUUGGGGGGCUCCGCAGCGCAAUCAGGACCCACCUUUUCCUCAGCAGCUCCACUAUUACGCCGGCCAAACGGCCGCCUGGGCGAAUCAGCGCGGCGGCUUUCGCUCGCCCUUCUGUUGCGACUUUGCAAAGGGUGCAGAGGCUUCCGUGGACCUUUUCCUCGCCCUCUCGCCGCUGUGCUUCUGGUGCUUCGUGCCCCCAAACAGCGCUCCCAAAUGCCCCGGGCGAUCCCCGACUCCCACCUAG